GCCCCGCCCGCUUGGCGCGCGCCCCCGCCAGGUCCGCUCUCCUCCCCCACCCCGGGCGUGGACGGGGUGGAUCCCGCUCACUCCCCUCCCCCGAGCGGCGGCGGCGGCGGCAGCUGCCGGCGCUGAAUGAGACGCCGACUGCUCGGGUCGGCGAGUGCUAGCCUUGGCGGCGGCGGUGGCAAAGCGGCAAAGCGUGGGGUCAGCGUCGUCUUUCCAUCUUUUAAGGCGGUGGCUGCGGCUGCACAGUAAUAAUGUAUUUGUGGCCUUGGACAUGAAGUAAUUGGUCCCUUGUUGCUGUUAACAUAAGGUCAAAAACUGAUGUUGGGGGAAGCAUGGACCUAAUGAAUGGACAGGCAAGCAAUGUGAAUAUUGCAGCUACUGCUUCUGAGAAAAGUAGCAGCUCUGAAUCAUUAAGUGACAAAGGUUCUGAAUUGAAGAAAAGCUUUGAUGCUGUGGUAUUUGAUGUCCUUAAGGUUACACCAGAAGAGUAUGCGGGUCAGAUAACACUAAUGGAUGUUCCAGUAUUUAAAGCCAUCCAACCAGAUGAACUUUCAAGUUGUGGAUGGAAUAAAAAAGAAAAAUAUAGUUCUGCACCAAAUGCAGUUGCCUUCACAAGAAGAUUUAAUCAUGUAAGCUUUUGGGUUGUUAGAGAGAUUCUUCAUGCUCAGACGUUAAAAAUUAGAGCGGAAGUUUUGAGCCACUAUAUUAAAACUGCUAAGAAACUGUACGAGCUGAAUAACCUACAUGCACUUAUGGCAGUGGUUUCUGGCUUACAAAGUGCCCCAAUUUUCAGGUUGACUAAAACAUGGGCGUUAUUAAGUCGAAAAGACAAAACUACCUUUGAAAAAUUAGAAUAUGUAAUGAGUAAAGAAGAUAACUACAAAAGACUCAGAGAUUAUAUAAGUAGCUUAAAGAUGACACCUUGCAUUCCCUAUUUAGGUAUCUAUUUGUCAGAUUUAACAUAUAUUGAUUCAGCAUACCCAUCAACUGGCAGCAUUUUAGAAAAUGAGCAAAGAUCAAAUUUAAUGAAUAACAUCCUUAGAAUAAUUUCUGAUUUACAGCAGUCCUGUGAAUAUGAUAUUCCCAUGUUGCCUCAUGUCCAAAAAUAUCUGAACUCUGUUCAGUAUAUAGAAGAACUACAAAAGUUUGUGGAAGAUGAUAAUUACAAGCUUUCAUUAAAGAUAGAGCCAGGGACAAGCACACCACGUUCUGCUGCUUCCAGGGAAGAUUUACUAGGUCCUGAAGUAGGAGCAUCUCCACAAAGUGGAAGAAAAAGCGUGGCAGCUGAAGGAGCCUUGCUACCACAGACGCCCCCAUCCCCUCGGAAUUUGAUUCCACAUGGACAUAGGAAGUGCCAUAGCUUGGGUUAUAAUUUCAUUCAUAAAAUGAACACAGCAGAGUUUAAGAGUGCAACGUUCCCAAAUGCGGGGCCGAGACAUCUGUUAGAUGAUAGCGUCAUGGAGCCCCAUGCACCAUCUCGAGGCCAAGCCGAAAGUUCUACUCUUUCUAGUGGAAUAUCAAUAGGUAGCAGUGAUGGUUCUGAACUAAGUGAAGAGACCUCAUGGCCUGCUUUUGAAAGGAACAGAUUAUACCAUUCUCUCGGCCCGGUGACAAGAGUGGCACGAAAUGGCUAUCGAAGCCACAUGAAGGCCAGCAGUUCUGCAGAAUCAGAAGAUUUGGCAGUACAUUUAUAUCCAGGAGCUGUUACUAUUCAAGGUGUUCUCAGGAGAAAAACUUUGUUAAAAGAAGGCAAAAAGCCUACAGUAGCAUCUUGGACAAAAUAUUGGGCAGCUUUGUGUGGGACGCAACUUUUUUACUAUGCUGCCAAAUCUUUAAAGGCUACAGAAAGAAAACAUUUCAAAUCAACAUCAAAUAAGAACGUAUCUGUGGUAGGAUGGAUGGUGAUGAUGGCUGAUGACCCAGAACAUCCAGAUCUCUUUUUGCUGACUGACUCUGAAAAAGGAAAUUCAUACAAGUUUCAAGCUGGCAGUCGGAUGAAUGCAAUGCUGUGGUUUAAACAUUUGAGUGCAGCCUGCCAAAGUAACAAACAACAGGUUCCUACAAACUUGAUGACUUUUGAGUAAAAGCCUAAGAAAGAAGAAAGGUGAACUAUUGCUCCAAAGUGAGAAUGGAGGACCUGACAAGAGAGCGCCAGCUAUAAACUGAUCCUGUGCCAGGAAGGAGCCCAGAGGUUCCAGCUCAGCCUUUGGAGUUCUCAACCAAAAAGCACUAAUUUCAGGGAAUGAAGUGAGAACAAAUUGGGGUUGCAAAACGAACUGCCACGGACCAUGCUUCUUAUCUCUGAACUGACCUGUGGAAACCACUGCCUUAAAAGAAUGAAAGGAGAACCAACAUGAAACACCAAACAGUGUGUGUGAACCCUCUGGCGGUGCUGUGCUUGGAAUAGAUUGUAGCUAGUUUGCAUUUCUUUUAACUUUGUACUAAUUUUGGAGGGGGGAAUCGCCUUUUUUUAGAUACACUUUGAAAAGAAGAAACCUACUUCUUAUGGGCUACAUCAGGAGCUGAUUUUGAACCAAGGUGUAAAGAUACUCAGACUUUGUAGGGCUCAUACCAGCAACCCACCUGAAAAGUUUGUUUCCCUCCCAUUGGUCUGCAGCCUCACUCAUUGUCUCCCAGCUUGAGUGUGGGAAUUAAAAAUGUUAAUGUGAGUUGUUGGGGUUUGUUUGAGGUUUUGGGUUUUUUCCUUUUUUGUUUUGUUUUGUUUUGUUUUGUUUUGUUUUGUUUUUUGAGGGUUUUUUUGUUUUAGGCAGGAGGAGAUUUGUUUUUUAGACACUAAACUUCUGAAAUUUUGUACUACACGGGGAACAUUGUUUCCUGCAGGAGGCACAAAGGCUGAGUGUUCUUAUGCCGGGCACCUGAAAAGUAGACUCCAGAAAACAUGGUUGUUUCUAACUGAGUUUAAAGGUUAACCUUCUAUAUGAAUUCAUUGUCGGACCACAGAUCUGCUCACUAAAGAGAACUGUAAUCCCAACCUAAAGUUCUCUGGGAAGAUUUUAGACAAAAAAUUAUAUUUUUCGAGUUAGUUGGAUUAUCCCAUCUCUCGGUCACAGGUGAUUUUUAUCUUCAAGGUGAUAUAUUGACAUUUUGUCAGGAUAUUUUCUUUUACAGUGUUUAAUGUGCACAAUGCCAGAGUUUUGUUUUUUAUUAUUCACUUUCAUUAUUUUUGUUUAGUAUGAGAUGCAGGAUCACAUUUUUUUGAAAGAGAUUCCGCAUAUGUAUGUAUGUCUGUAUGUAUUUUGUUAUAAGACAUACAAGAUAAUUUUUGAAAGGAAAAAGGUGAAAGCUUGAGAUUCUGGGAAUUUUAAGUUUCAAAACUUUCAUUUUUAUAUAACUUACCCUUUAUAACAAAACAUUUCCCUGAAAACUUACUACAGGUCCCCGCCAUGAAACUCUGUCUUGUCAGUAGUUGAGCAUGCAGUUUUGUGAGAGCUCAUCUAUGCAACAGUGCAUUUAAUUUCCAAAACAAACAUUGAAUUACCCAAAAGCAGUGUGAAGGUGUGAUGCCUUAGAAUUUUAACAAAAAAUGGCACUUGAACAAAGGCUAUGUGCUGGAUGUUAUAACCUCAUGAGGCAUCAUAAAUUUUUAGCAGUGGCUCAAAGCAAGAAAUGUUUUUUGACUGAUAUCUUCUAAUAGAUUUCUAAUACUUCGGGCCUCACGUAAAAAGAAUUUCUCACAUUUGUAUUCUUAGAGAAUUUUGUACUUUUUUAUCAUUAAGUAUUUUGCCCUUGAGUCUAUGAAACGUAAAUAGAACAUAUUGCCUACAUAAUAAUUAGCUAAAAAUCCAUUCAAAGAAAAGUAGAAGAGCUUUAAAUGGGUGUUAAGUUCUUAAAUUUAGUUUUCUGUUUGGAAAAGAUACAAGAGUUCAAAUCACACAGAAAUACCAUUCUUCUGGUUCUGUGGAAAGUGACAGGGGACAUGGGCUGGGAGAGGGCAAAAAGUUACCCGUGUUGAAUUGUGUCAAUUAAUGAACUCCCAAGCUUAACCAGCGUUGGGUAUAUAGAGGGACACCGUCUGCGUAGCCAGCAGUAUUACUGUGUAGACCUUGCACAUCUUACUUGGUUUUGCAUUUUUUGUUAAUUCCUUAUUUUAUUUGUUUCUCUUCAGAAAUAAGCGUUUUAACAGUGUAUGUGCUUUUAAAAAAAUAUUGUAGAUGCAAACCCUGUGGAUUUUUUUUAUUAUUAUUUUGUUUGUCAUAAAUAAGCUAAAGUAGAAAUGUUAUAGGUUAAGCAUAUCUGUGGAGAUACGCAACUGGAAGUCAGAGCCUGACAUCACACAGUUUUGCCAAAGAGAGAGCACCAAGCUGGAAGAUGUGUUUGAUUUUUUUUCAGCGCUAAACAUUAAUGGAUGCUUGCCUAGUAGAUUGGCUACUAGUCCUUUGUAGAUAGAAUUGUAGCCUCUGAGUGACUGAUAACUCUUAAUGGUGCAGUAGAUGUUGUUAUUUUUCUGUCUUCAAAUUUUUCCAUUCAAAAGAUCAGUCAUUGCUUUUUAAGAUUAUAUUUAGCAUUUAAAACAAAUUGAAACCUGUGGGAGAAGUGAAGAUUACAAUAGUGUGGAUGAAUUUUUUAUCUAUAUAAUUCACCAAAGGAUAUCCGGUGAUACUGAAACAAAGAAAAUAUGUCACCAAAAUACAUUAAAUAUUUAGGUAAUUUAUUACUGGCAAGAUGAAUUUUUUUUCCUCUUAUUAAGCCUGCCUUCAAUGGUAAAUUAGUGACUCCAAAGCUCAAAACUUCCAUCAAUGAUAAGCUCAUUUGUUUCUCUCCUAGCCAAGAAGAACUCAUUAGAAAUUGAAUUGCAAUUUAAAUUAAGCUUGUUUAUGAUAUGGGUAGUGACUAGCACGUAUAAGGCCUGGGAUAGUAGUAUAUAAUAUUAGCCAAAAUACAAUUUGAGGUACAUCUCAUUUAACAAAUUAUUUGAACCUGGAGGCUUAUUUUUUAUAUGGCAGUAACAUCAGUGUUUUAACUAUAGCUGUAAAAAUGACUACCUGACGAUCUUACUGAGCACCACUUUUACUUUCGCCCUCCCUGAGUGUUGAGGCUGUGCUUAUUUUUCAGAGUAUUAUUUUUACUAUAACUGUAAGAAU